GAGAAGAAGAAGGACACAGCGGCCUCAGGCUAUGGGACCCAGAACAUUCGACUGAGCCGGGAUGCUGUGAAGGACUUUGACUGCUGCUGUCUCUCGCUGCAGCCCUGUCAUGAUCCUGUGGUCACGUGAGCAGGGGAGGGGCAGCAGGGCAGCUGGUGUGUGUGGGUUCACCCUCUCAGAGCUAUCUCCAGAGACAGGCAGCUGCCCCUCCACCACCGGUGGAAAGAGUCCAUGGCUAAUAGCUGGGGCUGGGCUCAGCAGGUGGAGUGCUUUCCUAGCCUGCAGGAAGCUCUGGGUUCUCAGUGCCACAGAAAACCAGGUGUGACGCACUCAGCGCAAACGGAGGAUGGGGGUUCCAGGGGUUCAAAGCAAACCUCAGCUACAUAGCAGUUUAAAGCUAACCUGAGCUGCAGAACAUCGUGUCCCACAAUAAAAUGAAAAGAAAUGGACUGAAGGGAGCACCAUGGGAGAUGUCACCUAAGGAUUGUAGUGGUACCAAGGGUGGGCGUGAAUGGAUGGAUGCUGGGUGAGGAUGCUCUAUGGUGGUACCCAGGGUGGACGUGAAUGGAUGGAUGCUGGAGUGAGGAUGCUCGGUGGUGGUAUCCAGGGUGGGCGUGAAUGGAUGGAUGCUGGAGUGAGGAUGCUCGGUGGUGGUACCCAGGGUGGGCGUGAAUGGAUGGAUGCUGGAGUGAGGAUGCUCGGUGGUGUACCCAGGGUGGGCAUGAAUGGAUAUAGAAGUGAGUGGAUGUCAUCUUGUGAUGAAGCCCAGGCCCAUGCUUUCCUCACCCCUUCUCUGCAGCCCAGAUGGCUACCUCUAUGAACGGGAGGCAAUCCUGGAGUACAUCUUACACCAGAAGAAAGAGAUUGCCCGGCAGAUGAAGGCCUAUGAGAAGCAGCGAGGAGCCCGCAGGGAAGAGCAGAGACAGCUCCAGCGAGCGGCAGCCGAGGACCAAGCCCGAGGCUUCCUGGAGAAGGAGGCAGCCAUUGUGAGCCGGCCCCUCAACCCCUUCAUGCCCAAGGCUGCCACCUUACCCAACACAGCUUCUCUCUCCACAGAUGGUGAGCAGCCAGGGCCCAGCGCGGGUCCCCCAGGGAAGGACAAGGACAAAAUGCUGCCCAGCUUCUGGAUUCCCUCACUGACACCCGAGGCAAAGGCCACAAAGCUGGAAAAACCAUCCCGCACUGUGACCUGCCCGAUGUCUGGGAAGCCACUGCGCAUGUCAGACCUGACGCCGGUGCGCUUCACGCAGCUGGACGACUCUGUGGACCGCGUGGGGCUCAUCACACGCAGUGAGCGCUACGUGUGUGCAGUGACCCGAGACAGCUUGAGCAACGCCACGCCGUGUGCAGUGCUGCGGCCCUCUGGGGCUGUGGUCACUCUGGAGUGUGUCGAGAAACUGAUUCGAAAGGACAUGGUGGACCCCGUGAAUGGGGACACGCUGACAGAGCGCGACAUCAUCGUGCUGCAGCGGGGCGGUACAGGCUUCGCAGGUUCAGGAGUGAAGCUACAGGCGGAGAUGUCCCGGCCAGUGAUGCAGGCCUGAGCUAUGAUCUAAUAAACCUGCAUGUGAACCAA